AUGGCGCGCCGCGGCCGCGCCGCGCUCGACAACUCGCUGCCCAUCGAAGCCAUCAACCGCCCAGAUGGCUCAAUCUGGAAGAUCGAGCUGCUCCGGCAAAUGAGCCAGUCAACCUGGUUCAUCAGGUGGUCAAUCAACGGUGUAGAUGACUGUAGCGUGUUCGACCAGGAAUUGAGCAUAGACGAUAUGCGGCCCGAGUCUCUCGGCUGCUCUCAGAUCGACUGCACGGAGGGUCGGCUGCGGGAGGGAGUUCACGUGGUGGCGUUUAUUACUCUGCCGAUGGAGCACCGAAGGGAUCCCGCCGUUACGGGCAAAGCCUGGUACGAUGGGGUCAUCAUUAAAGCAGAGCAAAAUCCGCACAUCCACCCGCUACCAAAGGGCGGGACCUACGGAGAGUGUCGAUGCACCUUCUUCAUUCGCUUCUCUUUACACCCUGACACCAAGAAGAGGCUCCCGCCCGCUUUUGUGAUGCGGGUCUGUGGGACCAGAUACCUUGCGUUCCGCUCCUUCGUGAACGGAACGGUUGCCGACGUCAUCGCCGGGCGGAUCGGCAGGCGGGAUCUGAAGCAGUCUUGGCUGCCGGAGUUCCGGGAAGAGGUCAGCCACUACUCUGCGAUGCCCUGUGUCAAUCCGCCGAGGGGAAGCAUCCGCCGGAAUCGGGGGGUGAACCGGAACGCAGAGCCGGAAACCCCUGUUACGUGUCCAGCCCCCGAAACUCCAGCGAGAGACUCUGAGGCGAGCGCUUUUGGCUGGGGUCGAGAGGAAAGCGAGAGCAUUAAAAUCGGAGCGCAAGUGAAGAUGCAGCCGGAGCCGGAGCCGUUGCCCGAAACGAAGAACACAGCGGAAAUGGUGACCGUAAGGGGAUCCCUCGACGAGGCUUUUUCCAAGGGGAUGGAUGAAGUCAAAAACGCAGAGGUCAAUAAGCGCCUGGACGAGAGGAUCGACCGUUACCUUGGAAAGGGGGCAGCGACGGAAGCCCAAGCAGACUCGCGGGAAACAGAAGCUGACGUCACGAGAAUGGAAGUCCACGGUGAGGAAGGAGGACCGGAUGCGGAUUCUGAGUCGGAUCUCGAUGGGCUGCGGCGGGGAAAUACAAGUGAAAACGAAUCGAAUGAAGAGCCUUCAGAGGCGAAGCCGAGCAGUCUGAUGGGCACUGCCGAAUCCGGUGUGAAGAGAAAGAAACCCGUCGAGAAGAUGGACUUGCCUAAGUUGAAGCGCGUAAAAGGGGAGGAUGAGAACGGGAGAACGGAUUACGAAGAGAAGGCUGUGCUUUCCACUGACUGGUGGGCGACGCUCGCGCGCGCGGAGGAGCACGCGGCCGCGGGCGCGGCGCAGACCGACGGGCGGAACGAGACCCGAGAACCAACCGGUCUAAAGCCCCGGGGCAAUUCUCUGCCAGGGGUAUUGCCGCCGGCUUCUCCCCGGAGCACGUCUCAAGCGACAGACCUGCGUAAGCAAUUACGUCAGCGAGGCUCGGACGUCGUCGUGCCAGCGGGAAAGGCGAAGCUGCUAACUGAGGGCAAAACGGAGAUUGGCAAAAACGCGGGGCAAGAAAAGAAGGUGAUACGAAGCGGCCGGGUGGGUGUGUCCGGAAAUUCUAAACCGGGCAAAGUUUUGGGGGGCAAGGGCAAGAAGCGGCAGUUGCCGGAGCUCGUCAAAGCCAAAGAGGCUUCCGUGUGGUCCGAAUCAGAUGACGAGCAAUCCGGACCGUCCGUUGCGGAAGGCGCUGCGAUCUGGCCGUCCUGUGGUGACCGUCAGAACCCGGUCGCGACGGCGUGGGAGCAGUGCGCGCAGCUCGCGAGCGAGCGCGCGAUGCGAGACGCGCUCGCGGCUGGCGCGGGCGCCCGUGAACAAAACGCGCGCGCGGUGGAGGAGAUCGGCGGCCGUGACUGCGAGCGGCGGGGCCAUCUUAUGCGGCAGGACGCUGACGGAGUUUACUGUAGUGACUGCGGGUGUCUGGUGCGGCAGCUGACGGAAGCGGACGUCCGUCAGCCGACGCCAGCAACGGAAAGCAAGUGGUAUAUUGAACCGAACGACGUGGCGAAAUCGAAACCAGAAAACCGCAAGAAGCGGAAACGAGUCGGAACAGGGUCAGGCGAAAACAAGAAACGCGCGGCCGCCGGGAGGAAUGAGACGGAACGGCUGGAGAGCGGAACGGUUCCGUUGGUGCCAAGCGGAGAGAAGUUUCUUCGGGAGCAAAUGCUGCCGCACCAGAAGGAGGCGUUCGACUUUCUGAAACGGAGGAUGGUGGAAGAUCCGGAGAGUGACGAGCCGGAAAGGGGCGCGAUCUUGUGGCUGGCGCCUGGUCUCGGGAAGACUCUUGUGGCACUCGCCCUGGUUGAGCACCUUUGGUGGCAAGAGCGGCUGUGGCCCCUAAUCGUCACCCCAGCCGCCAUCCAGGAAAACUGGGUCCUCGAAAUCCAAAAGUGGUUUACCGGAAAAGCGGGGAAACCCCGCCGUCUCGAAGUCUACCGGGUCGACGAACCCAGCUUGCACCGCGCGGCCGCGCUGGAGCGGCGCGAGGACAAGCUGAGGAAGCGACCGGAAUGGGCGGAACGGGCGGAAGACGGAGCGCGCGGGGGAUACAACGCGCCCGCGCGCGAGGAAGAACUAGAAACGGCGGACGACGCGCAGCUCGACGAGAUGCGGCUGCAGACGACGCUGACGUGGCGCGCGCGCAGGGACGGCCCGCUGCUCAUAAGCUAUGAGCAGCUGAGGAGGACCGCGGGCGCGCGCGCGCCCGCUACGCGCGCGCAGGCCGAGCUUGGGAGAUUGCUCUUGGAAGCCCCGAACCUGGUAAUCUGCGACGAAGGCCAAACGCUCCGAAAUGCCGGAACGCAGACGUUCAAGGUGCUGGAGCGGUUCAAAACGGCUCGGCGGCUCAUGCUAACGGGAACCCUGUUCAACAACAACUUCGAGGAGCUCUCCAACCUUGCGCGCUUCGUGUGCGCGCGCGACGUCCUCAAAUGGGCGAGUCGCCAGCCUCUUCUACAGACGUCCGAGUCGAAGACGCCAAAAGCAAAGCGUUCUGUCCAAAGCAGAAAGCCCUCGAAAACAGCCAAACUGCAAACCGACGCCAGGAGAAGACCAACUAGAGCGACACCUUAUCAAGCGGGGGCCCUGGGGUCGGCAGCACCGCAGCCUGCCGCAGCUUCCGCUGGGGAGGGUUCCGCCCCAAGCGUUCCGGCGGGCCGCCCAGAAGCGGAACGGUCAGAUGCAGAGGGACCGGCUACCGGUGAGCGGUCGGCAGCGUCGCCCAGAAACCUUUUCGUUCCCAAUUCCGGUCCGUUGGUUCCGGCCAAAGAAGCGGAGUUGGAAGAGUCAGUCGUAAAGUACAUGUUCCUGAAGCUCAUUGGCGGGCCCAUCGAGCGCUACGUAUGUGGGCGGGACCGGAAUGCGCAACUGAGAACGGAAGCGGAAGCAGCUUUGAAGGAGCUCACGGGGCUCAUGCAGCCGUUCCUGUUUUACGGUGGGGAGGAAUCCCUGUAUGGCGGGCUCGGAAUUCCGGGGCGGAACGACUACGUGAUCCGGCUCAAGAUGAAUGGAAAGGGGCGCGAACUGCACGAUUGUUUUGUCGAAAAGGCGAUCGGCCGGGGAACGUACGAGCAGCGGAUUGCGAACAAUCGCAGCCGUCGGAUCGGGGAAACGUGUCAAGACGAGCGCGCAGCGUAUGACGCGUGUGCGAAGAAAAGGCGUGGUGGGCAGUCGAGAAAGCGCAAGGUUAAAACUCUGGAAGAGCUGUACUGGGAAGGAAGCUCGGAAGUUUUGGGGGAAGAUUCGGAGGAGUCCGAAGAAGAGGAGCGAGGCGAAGAAGAGGAGCGGGGUGGAUACGCCCCGAAGGUAGGAAGAGGCGCGAUCGGUCAGGAGCAGGAUCUGUCGCACUUGUGCUGCCACCCGGCCGCAUACUUCAGGAAAGCGGACGGCAAGCGGACGGCUCUGGCGCCAGAGAUUGCGAGGUUUCGGUCCUGUUUCGCGGGCCCAGUAGAGGCCGCCGACAGCCCGAAGCUGCAGCUGGUAAUCGACCUCCUGAGGGCCUGCAAGGCCUCCGGCGAGAAGACACUGGUGUUCAGCUUUUAUACAAAGCCGCUCGAAGCUUUCAUCGAUGGGGUCAAGCAGGCGCUCGAGUGGGGCGACCGAGAUAUGGCCUAUAUUCACGGAUACGUGCCCUUCAAAGAGAGGAUGAAACUCGUCGAAAGCUUCCAGUCAGGGGACGCUAGUCCCCGGGUGCUCUUUGCGACUCUCGGGGCGUGUGGCCUUGGUCUGAAUUUGCAGGCGGCGACUCGGGUGGUCCUGCUGGAUCCUUCGUGGAAUCCCAAACUGCCUGAACAGGCUUUCCACCGGGCCUUCCGCAUCGGUCAAAAGCGCCCGGUGACCACCUACCGGUUGGUCUGCGAGAACACUUACGAAGACCGGGCAAUCCACCGGGCGUCGCUAGAGAAGGAUUGCCUGGGGAGCGUCAUCGCCCGGGCCUUCGAGAGGUGCGCGCGCGCGGAGAAGGCGGUCGCGAGCGCGGGGGCACAAGCCGCGCGCGCGGAGAAAGCGGGUGCGAGCGCAGGCGCACAGGGCGCGCGCGAGGACGCGCGCAUCGAGGAAGGCUGUGGGCUCGGUGAAUGUGCCCCGGGAAAGACGGGGAGUCUGUUCGGUGGGGAGAACUGGGAGCAGCCGGGGGAAGCGGGCGGCGGGUUAGGGGAUGGGAUAACCGAUCCUUUUCUGAUGGCCUUCCUGGAGAAGUGGGGUGGGGAGCUUGUAGAAGAAGCGUGUGAAUAUAGGAAAUUGUUAUCUGACCAGGCCGGGUUAUAG